UUGCUCUCCGCAAACUAGCCUUGUCAUAACCACAACACCUGGAUAGUAUUGAACAUUUUUUUUUUGUUCGGUUUGGGUGCCAAAUUACAUCAGUCAUUUUCAAAAUUCCUUCCAAGUUACGGCUCGCUCAACUAACUUCUCCAACAGCACCGAAUUCGUCUUCUUUGAAGUUCUUGAUUUCUGGUUUGCUUCUUCCGGUCGGUCCCUCCCUCCCCCAACGCCAUUGCAGCAGCCGGCAAGCUUUCGCAAACUCGGCCCCCUUUUCCAGCGGAUGGACGCUCGAUCUGUCCGAUCUCUUAUAGGCGUUUAACUUCGAUUGGAGCUCCUCCUCCUCCAUCCCUCCCCCAAUGGCUGCCUGGCUUAAGGCCGCGGAAGGUCUGUUUGAAGUUGUAGAUCGACAAGCAAAGCUAGUUGUUAAUGAAUUAGCAGAGGAGAAUUCUGAUUCUCAGCCAUCUGACUUGAAACAUAGCUUCGUUCAGGUCAGUGUUAGCUGUAUGUUUGGUUAUCAUUAUUAUAUCAACGUUUGUCUCCCUUUUCUGUCUCAAAAGAGGCGGCCAAAGGAUGGAUCCACUAAGCCAAGUGAACAUGCACAAGAGGUAACUAAUACACAAACAUCAGAGGCAGAUGUGAUAGAUCAUGCUGCUCCUUCAGUUGAAAAUGACGAGAAAGCUUCCAACAGUGCCAUAUCUCAAACAAGCAACGAACAGCAAGAAACUGUUCACAGUGCUUCAAGUGUAUCACUACCGACGACUACAAAUGAGCCAGUCGAGCGUGAAGCUGACAGUGUUGAAGUUCCUGUAACUAUUACAGACCCUGUCAUACCACCAUCAGAUGGUGAGACCUUUAAUGAUAAGGCUAUAGAUGUCUCUGUAGAGAGUACUUCUUCACCGUCACCUGCCAAAAAAAUCGAAGUUGUCAAAGAGCAUGAUCCAGUUGUUGCUGUUCCUGAUACCAGUACAAGGGAAAAUGAGGUUUCUUCAAAGAUUGAGCUAGAAAAAUCAAGCAAAGACUCUCUUGUUAGUAGUGAAAAAUCAGCAAAAGUUGAGGAGCUCAAGGUAGAAUCUCCUAUGCAUCAACUGAAGGUAGUUGAGCAUGAAGGCGCUGCUUCGCCCAGGAAAAUUCAGGAGCAACUUGAGGAGGCUCAAGGACUACUCAAGACUGCAAAUUCCACUGGUCAAUCAAAAGAGGCCAGACUAGCACGGGUUUGUGCUGGUCUUUCAAACCGCCUUCAAGAGUACAAGUCUGAAAAUGCACAACUCGAGGAGCUUCUGAUUGCAGAGAGAGAACUAAGCAAAUCAUGUGAGGCUCGUAUGAAGCAGCUGCAGCAAGACUUGUCUGUCUCAAAAAUGGAAUUAACAAGAGUAGAGUCAAACAUGGUCGAUGCUUUGGCAGCAAAGAAUGCUGAAAUUGAGGCCCUUCGUGGUUCUAUGGAUGCACAUAAGAAACAAGCUGCAUUGUCAGAAGGAAACUUGACUACUUUACAGGUCUUGCAGAAUACCUUAGCUGAUUUUAACCCUUGUAUUACCUCUCAGGCAAAUAUGGAGUCUCUUAUGCGAAAUAGGGAACUGACGGAGACAAGGAUGAUGCAGGCUUUGCGAGAAGAGCUAGCCUCUGCAGAACGGAGAGCAGAAGAAGAGCGGGUUGCACACAACACUACUAAAAAGGCAGCUAUGGAAAGGGAAGUGGAUCUAGAAAACAGAGCUGUGGAGGCUUCCACAGCCCUGGCUAGGACCCAGAGACUUGCAGAUGAAAGGACUGCAAAGGCUGCAGAACUUGAACAGAAAGUAGCACUGCUUGAGGUUGAAUGUUCAACACUAAAUCAAGAGUUGCAAGAUAUGGAGGCCCGUGUUCGACGAGGCCAAAAGAAGGCCCCUGAAGAGUUAAACCAGUCAAUUCAGAUGCAGGCCUGGCAGGAAGAAGUAGAACGUGCACGCCAGGGUCAAAGAGAAGCCGAAAACAAGCUUUCUUCUGUUGAGGCUGAAUUGCAGAAACUGAGAGUUGAAAUGGCAGGCAUGAAACGGGAUGCUGAACACUAUUCACGCCAGGAGCAUAUGGAGCUUGAGAAACGCUAUCGGGAACUAACUGAUUUGCUGUAUUACAAGCAAACACAAUUAGAAACCAUGGCUAGUGAAAAGGCAGCUGCAGAGUUUCACUUAGAGAAGGAAUUGAAGCGUCUUCAAGAUGUACAGGUUGAGGCUGAAAGAAGUAGAGUUGCCCGUCGCCCAUCUCCAUCUUGGGAAGAUGAUACCGAAAUGAAAGCUCUAGAGCCUCUCCCAGUGUACCACCGUCAUUUGGUGGGCGCAAGUGUACAGUUGCAGAAGGCAGCCAAGAUAUUAGAUUCAGGAGCUGCCAGAGCAACGCGCUUCUUGUGGCGGUACCCAACAGCUCGGCUUAUCUUUUUAUUCUAUCUGGUGUUCGUACAUUUCUUCAUGAUGUAUUUAUUGCAUCGACUUCAGGCGCAAGCUGACGAUCUUUCGGCUAGAGAAGUUGCGGAGUCGAUGGGCCUUGCAGACCCCAACCUGCAGUUACAUGCCCGACGUUGAGCGCCACCAAACGCUAUGGGCAUGUCAUGGUAUUUUGCCUCUGUAUAUCGUCCCAGAGAAUUUUAUUAGAAUGAUGGAGAAGUAAUGAACCACAUCGGAUGAGUGAUGAGAAUACAAAAAUCCGUUGCCAUUUUCGCAUUGCAGCAAUCUGGAACUUAGCUUUAGCCAUUAAUGGGUGCCGUUCGUUGGGUAAUGGUCGACUUCUCCUUUCUUGAGCCCUCUUCCUCUUUUUCUCCUUGUUUGCAGAGGUGCUACAGACUUUUUGUGUACAUGAUGCAGCUAGAAAUACAGAUGUAAUUGGACAUAAGAUAUGCUAAUGAAAGAAAUAUGGCAGCCAAACCCAUUUUAAUCGGGUUAAUGCCACAUUUAGGGUUAAUGCCACAUUUA